UUGACGAUUUUCUGCUAUCUUCUUUUUAAGUCAGUCUUUUGGCAAAUUCUUGCAAAAGCAUUUGGAAAGAACUCUUUAAAAGGCUAACCUCAGAAAAGGCUAAAACCUGUGAGGUGUUCAAGGGGACCACUAUUUAGGGAGGGUAGCAGUGGCGGCUUGUGGCGGUACUGGUGGUACCAGUCUAGUACCAUUUUAUUUUGAAAGCUUGAAUUUUUUACAUGACUUUGUUUUGUUAAUUUACAAAAAUGCAAACAUACUGAAUUAAUUGUGAAAACAAUAGAAAGAGCGGCAGAGUUCAACACAGCCGAUAUCUGACCGUCUACCCUCCCUCACUUAUCUCGUUGAAUGACCUGUCUCUGCGCUGUGUUGAAUGUAGGCUACGGUACUAGACCUCAUUCAUCCAGUACUGCGGAAGACUGUCCCAUUGUAUUUGUCGACACAUCAUGACGUAAAACUGUUUGUCUUUCGGUAAUCCAACAAUGGAAAAUUCGUUCGCAGUACUAGAUUCCUCUUUCUAGUAGUAUUGGGUGGCCGCCAAAAUAUGUCAUUCCGUUCAAGAUUAUGAAAGCAACCCCGCAGUCUUUUCAGCAGUUUUAAAUGACGUCAAACAAACUGAGAGGUAUUCAAAGGCAUCUGGUCUAUUUUCUAUUUCUGGGUAUGACAGUGGGGUUAUCCCAGUGACUAAUUUAACAGCCCGUACAAUAAUGCCUUAUUUGGUUACUAUGAUGCAAUUCUCUUCUCUAUCCAAAAUGACGUAGGUUGGAUGAAUUUUGUAUAUAUAGUUUAUUGGCCUUUUCAUUCAUAAUGCAAAUUUUCUCGUAACCAAAGCAGUCAAGUUGUAUUGAUCUUGAUGAAAAUGACUCAAAUCGCAGGGAUUGACUACCUUUUCGGAGUUUCGCGUAUUUUUGCGCUCUCUUCUGCCCAGGGCCGAUUAACUCACGAGCAACGUCUUGGUUUGAAAAAAGAUGGGAGACCUUGUCCCAAAAUUGAAAUUAAAAACCGUGACAGUGAGACCGUUUACAAUAAUUUUUUAUGGAUGUGUGGCGAUGCAGAAAAGAACACUUAUUUUUGCUGGCCUUGUUUGGUCAUGGGUGAUCUGUCCAAGAUGAAAGCAACAUCUUUUGCACGAAAAAGUGGUUUUCAGUCUUCUGGAGACAACCUUUGGAAUCUUUCGAAGCGCCAUGAGAAAACUAAAAUGCACAUCAUCAACCACACUGCCUACCAACUUUUAGGAAAUGUUGACGUUUCUUGUGCAUUGGAUGAAGCAAGACGUAGACAGGUACAGCAACACAACAAAAAUGCGUCAAGAUAUUCAAGAAUACUAAAAUACCACAUUUCUUUAGCUGUGUUUCUCUCAGCACAAGGCCUUGCAUUUCGAGCGCAUGACGAAUCAAAGUUAUCAUCCAAUAGAGGAAACUUCAUCGAGCUGCUUGACCUCAUCGCUAAUUAUUGCAGUGAUUUGCAAGAUUUUCUUAACGAAGAAAAGAUCACGUAUACGUCACACGAGCCACAGAAUGAUUUGAUAGAGUGCGUGUUCCAAGAGGUAAAAGAGGAAAUUCAGCGGAGAAUCGACAAUUCCCAAUUUUUGGCUGUCAUGAUGGAUGAAACCAGCGAUGUUAGCAGGGUGGAGCAGUCAGCUGUUUCAGUACGCCUAAUCAACGAAGGAGAGGUAGAGGAACACCUUUUGGGAAUAAUUGAAUGUUCCAAAGAUACAACUGCAAAUACAUUGUCAUCGAUUCUUCUCAAGAAAUUGGAAGAAUAUAAGAUCACGCCACAAAACGGAGGGAAAAAGCUCAUCGGGCAGUCCUAUGACGGUGCCGCUACGAUGUCAGGUGAAUUAAAUGGUGUCCAAAAGCAGGUUCAAGAUAGAUUUCCUGCUGCAUAUUACAACCACUGUGUUGCUCACAGGAUAUCACUUUGUGCCUCACAAUCAGCAAAAAAAAUUCCAAAAGUUGCCAAAUUUUUUGACACUGUUGAUAAACUUAUACGUUUUUUUAGAAACAGCCCAAAGCGAACGUCUCAACUUGGCCAUAGUCUACCGAAACCUGGUGAUACACGUUGGUUAUCGCGUGAUGCAGCAAUUGGGGUCAUUGAUUCAUUGUAUGAAACAAUCGGAGCAGUGCUGUAUGAAAUGGCCAAUGAUAAAGAUGACAAAACGGAGACACAAGUCACUGCUCGAGGGCUCUGUUUGCAAAUUCAGCACAUCGAAUUCGUAUUUCUUUUGAAAAUAUACCGAAAGAUUUUUGCCCACUGUGCCCCAAUAAUAACAGUCAUGCAAAAUCCGACCCUUGACGCAGUGCAAUUGUCAUCAAUGCUGGAAGACUUUCAGAGAUUUUUGCUGAAUUUGGAUUGCAACCAUAUUUGGGAGGAUGCAAUGCUUCUGGAUCCUGAGAUGCCUGCAGUUCGCCAACGAAAUGGAUGGAGAGGAGUCGAGGAAGCAGUAGAUUCAACAGGUAGUUGGAAGAGAAAUUUACUGGCAAUUUCCUCAGAAAUUGCACAAAAGUUUUUGGAACAAUUGCUUUGGCGAUUUGAAAAUCUCACAAGAUUCAAAUGGAUGGAAUUAAUCCACCCUUCAAAAUUUGACGAGAGGAAAAAGAUGCCACCAGCUAAGCAAAAAGAACUUAUAUGUAAAGUCAAAGAACUUUAUCCAUUCGCAGUACCUGAUGCUUUAGCGCUUGAACAUAACCUAAGUGUGCUUUACGAUAACAACGAAAUAAAAAUUCUGCUAGAUAACAUUGUAAGAGAACGAGAUGAGCUGGCAGCUAAGAAAAGAGAGAGACGGCGUAAAACGAAGCAAGCAAAUGAGGAGCCGAACGAAAACAAAGAGACUGACAGAAGCACAGUAGAAGUUGAGGAUUCAUUUGAAAGGGAAACAGGAGGAGGAGUCGAAGAGGAAAAUAUAAAGAAGGGAAAGCCAAAUGUUCAAGACUUGCUAAAAGUGAUUAAAACAGCUGGUCUUGAAGAAGCAUUACCUCAGGCUUUGAUUUUGCUGGAGCUGGCUGCCGCAACACCACUUACCAGUGUUCACUGCGAAAGAGUGUUCAGCAGAAUGAAGAAAGUUGUGUCACCGAGCAGAUCAACGAUGUUACAAGCAAGAAAAGAGAUGCUAAUCUUCCUCCAAGUGGAACAUGCCAUUGUUCGAUCACUUUCAGAGCAACCAACUUUUAAGGAUAAUGUUGUAAAUAGGUUUAAGUCUUUUAAUCAGCGUCGUUUAGAAAGAUUUUCAAAUAAAUGAGUUUUUAGUUUAACGUGGCAUCAUUUGCAAAAAAACUUUUCCAUUAUGUUUAAAAAAAGAGUGCUUGCAGUUUCCUCAUGCUCUAUGUGUCUUGACCACAGAUUUCUACACACAAAAAUUUAUUGGGAAAUACAUUAGUCUUUUAGAUACGAAUUAGGACCAUAUUCGUUUCAAAGCAAAAAGCUUUCCAAGGAGCUACAUCCCCCCCCUCCCCCACCAUAACACCGGCUGGUCUGUUUUAAAAAAAUUUUCAUAUAGCUAACAAUACUUUUACCAGUACCAUCUGAUUUUGCGUGCCAGCCGCCACUGGAGGGUAGUAUUCUUUGGAGAGGAGGAUGCUUUUGGUAGUAGAGGUUUAUUUUAAGUGAGUAUGAUGUUUUUGAAGGAGGUAUACUUUUGAAAGUUAAAGGGGCUUUUGAUGAAAAAAAAUUUCAAGUGAAUACAAAGAACUGAAAGUUCGCAUUGGGAAAGCACUGCAAUAAAUACAUUCUAUUUGCAUGAUUUACUGGUGUUACUAAUUUCACUGAUAUUUAAGCGAGAAUGAGUUUUGUACACAGUAGCUAGCUAGUAUUUCAUUUUACCAACCGUCGACUCAUUGUAUUUAGCCGUUGGUUUUUUUGCUGACUCCGUU